AUGUUAAAGACGGACGGACGGACGGACAGCAUCAUGUGGUGUCGAGGGUUCCUGCAGCAGAGCGUCAGGCUCAUGUCGACCAGCAGACAGGCUGGCGUUCUCUUCGAUGUAGAUGGUGUCCUGCUCCGUGGCGGCUCAGUGAUUCCCGCCGCUAAACGAGCUUUCAGGAAACUUCUGGACCGAAACAACAACUUCCUGUAUCCUGUUGUCUUUGUCACCAACGCAGGAAGUUGUCACAGACAUCACAAGGCCCAGCAGCUGUCUCGCCUGCUGGAGGUUCAGAUCGCCCCAGAGCAGGUGGUUCUUUCCCACAGUCCUUUGCGGAUGUUGAAGAGUUUUCAUGAUAAAUGUGUCUUAGUUUCUGGACAGGGACCAGUGACAGACAUCGCCAACACUUUGGGUUUUAAAAAGGUCGUAGACAUCGAGCAGCUCAGAGAACAUCACCCCCUACUGGACAUGGUGGAUCAUAACAGGAGACCCAGACCAGCGGCGUCUCCUCUGCAGACUCCUCCUAAAAUAGAAGCAAUCAUCUUGUUUGGCGAGCCAAUCAGAUGGGAGACUAACCUGCAGCUGCUGGUCGACGUGCUCCUGACCAAUGGGAGUCCUGGGAGUGCGUACGAUCCUCAGCUGAGCACCCAGCUGCCAGUGCUCGCCUGUAACAUGGACCUGGUGUGGAUGGCCGAGGCCCCGUCACCACGGUUUGGUCAUGGGAUGUUCAUGCUGUGUCUGGAGUCAGUCUACAGGAAGCUGACAGGAAGAGAGCUUCAGUACCAGGCCCUGCUCGGGAAACCAAGUCUGCUGACGUACCAGUACGCCGAGCACCUGCUGAGACAGCAAAACCACAACCGCAAGCUAACCACCAUCUACGCCAUCGGGGACAACCUGAUGACGGAUAUCUAUGGUGCUAACCUGUACAACCGCUACCUGGCUCAGCAGCACGCUGCCAUGACAACCACUACCAAGCUUGUCGCACAGGGAACAGGAAGUCAUGUGACGAUGGCGGUGCCGGGGGAGGAGGAUCUGGUGUCAGCUGCUGCUCAGUGUCAUUCCAUACUGGUGUGCACUGGCGUGUACAACCCUCGCUCCCCAUUGCCCAGCGACCAGAGCAACGCGGUCUCAGAGACGGUAUUCCACGGUCACAGAGACCUGGUUCUGGAGCCAGACCUUGUGGAGCCAAACCAUAUAGUGGAGGAUGUGGAGGCCGCCAUCGACCUGCUGCUGCAGCAGGAGAGCUCCUGA